AUGGCCAAGCCGAAGGAGAGCAAGAAUGCCAAAAGUCACUUGAAAGCCCGGCUCGAUUUUUUACAGCAGGCCUCACAGUAUCUGCAUAAUUGUGCGACUAAGAGGGACCAAAAUGCGAAGCCCAUCAACCUUCUCCAUGACUCGAAAGACAUCAGCCUCGAGGCAUCGCAGUUUCCCUCUCGGAUGGAAACAGAUGCGGUUUCAGACAGGUUGGGACGGGACAAGAGGCAAGGACAGCAAGACCCUCCAAAGCAAUCUUUGAGCAAUGUAUCUCGCAUGUGUAUUUCCCAAAUGCGUGGUGUGUCAUUGAAAUCUCAAACUCGGCUUCCGGUGCUGGUCAAAAGAUCGUUUUGCAAACGCUGUGAUAGUGUCCUGGAUCUCGAGACAACUGCGGUACAAGAAAUUGAGAACAAGAGCAAAGGCCGCAAGAAGCCCUGGGCUGAAGUCCGUGUGGUUCGCUGUCUUAUCUGUGGAACCGAAAAACGGUUCCCCAUUGCAGGGAAACGAAGUCAAAGGCUAGCCCUCCGGGACCACACCAAGCAUCGAAACGAGACGGGUCCGUCAUGA